AUAUUUUGCUGUAGUCUGUGUUCAUGUGCUUUUUGUAUUAAGAGAAUUUUGUGGUUGCUUUGGAAUAACGGAGUGUUUUCUAACUUUUUAAUCAAUUUAUUUAAUCAUUUAUUUUGAAAUAAGAAAAUGAAACCCUUAAUGUUACAUGGGCACGAACGUGCAAUAACACAAAUCAAAUAUAAUAGAGAAGGAGAUUUAUUAUUCUCUUCUAGCAAAGAUAAAAAGCCAAAUGUUUGGUAUUCUUUGAAUGGAGAACGUCUUGGAAGUUUUAAUGGGCAUAAUGGUUCUGUAUGGUGUAUUGAUGUUAAUUGGGAUACAACAAGAUUUUUAUCUGGAAGUGGUGAUAAUACAUUAAGAGUUUGGGACUGUCAAACUGGAAAAGAAAUAGGUUUACUUCAUACAAACAGUUCAGUGAGGACAUGUAGCUUUAGUUACUCAGCAAAUCUUGCUGUUUAUUCAACAGAUAAAGCUUUAGGACAUCAAUGUGAAAUGUUUAUUAUGGAUAUUAAAAAUGUUGAUGCAGUUUUAUCACAAGCAGAUGCAAUUUCUAGAAUUGCUGUGAAUGGGCCUAGAAUUUCUGCUAUAUUAUGGGGUGCAUUAGAUGAAACAAUUAUUACUGGCCAUGAAGAUGGUGAAAUCACUCUUUGGGAUGUUAGGACAAGAAAAAAAUUGACAAGUGUUAAAGGUCAUAAAUCACAAAUAAAUGAUAUGCAAUUCAACAAGGAUGGUACUAUGUUUGUAACUGCAUCAAAAGAUAAUACUGCCAAAUUAUUUGAUAGUGAAUCAUUAAUGUUAUUGAAAACAUACAAAACAGAAAGACCUGUUAAUUCUGCUACAAUUUCUCCAAUUUUUGAUCAUGUCGUUCUUGGAGGAGGUCAAGAUGCUAUGGAUGUCACAACAACAUCAACUCGUCAAGGAAAAUUCGAUUCUCGAUUUUUCCAUUUAGUAUUUGAAGAAGAAUUUGCACGUUUAAAAGGACACUUUGGUCCAAUUAAUUCUUUAGCAUUUCAUCCUAAUGGUCGAAGUUUUUCAACGGGUGGGGAAGACGGUUAUGUUCGUAUUAAUACAUUUGACCAAUCUUACUUUGACUUCCAUUUUGAAUAUUAAUUUUACGAAAUAAAAGAAAAUAUAUGUCA